UCUGGUGGAAAUGUUAUGAAGAUAGGUUUGAAGCCAAUAAUCAUACGCGAGCAAGCAUUCCACAGUCUAAAAUUAGGAGUGCACACAUUGAAGAGCUGUUGAAUCACCAUCUCUAGGAAAUGGAUCCAGGAUACUUAUUACAUCUCGCUAUUUGAAAUACGUCUCAAUUCAUCUCCUCACUCACGGGCUUUCUUUCUACCACCAAUAACAUACCAGGCCGACGACGACAGCUAGCUAGCGGGUAUUCCUAGCCACCUAGCUAACAUACUGGUUUCCCCAUUCUUUUCUCAGAUGUCCACAAUGACCACUAAGGUCCUGCAUGCUCCUCCCACACCUAGCCCUGCCUCUUCGUGAUUGAACAGCUGCUGACUGACCAGAGAGGUGAUAUAUGUCUGUGUUGCCAUGACUUAAAGACGUCAUCAAUCAAAGAUGGAGAAAAAGAAAAUGUGCCCCCGUCUGCUGGACUACCUGGUGGUGGUCGGAGCCAGGCAGCCCAGCACUGAUACCGGAUCCCAGACUCCCCAGCUCCUUCGUCGCUACCCGCUGGAGGACCACCCGGACUUCCCUCUGUCCCCGGACGUGGUCUUCUUCUGUCAGCCUGAGGGAUGCCAGAGCAUCCGGCAGCGCCGGGUCAGCCUGCGAGACGACGCCUCCUUCGUCUUCGCACUCACUGAUAAAGACUCGGGCAUCACGCGCUACGGUAUCUGCGUCAACUUCUACCGCUCCUUCCAGCGUGGGGGGCACCGCCGUGACAAGGCGGGUAGUGGUGGAACGGCGGCACAGAUAGCAGAAGCGACCAGCGAGGGUUCCGAUGGCAGCGGUGGCUGCCCCACUGCCUCCACGUUGCCGACACCUGCCAGUGCCGACACAACAGCCACAUCUGCACCAGGCACGGAGCCGGGACCGCCCGGUGGUGAGCCAAAUGCCGGCAGGUCCCCUCGGCACAAACGCAGCACUGCCAAAAUGGUCAAUCGGAACCGCGACAGCACGCUGACCUCGCUGUGCAUGAUCAGCCACUACCCCUUCUUCUCCACCUUUAGGGAGUGCCUGUACAUCCUCAAGAGAAUGGUGGACUGCUGCAGCCACAGGUUGACCCAGCGCGCUGGCCUGCCCCGCGGAACUCAGAGGGACACCAUGUGGCGCGUGUUCACGGGGGCCCUGUUGGUUGAGGAGAAGGGCAGCCAGCUGCUGGCUGACCUGCGGGAGAUCGAGUCCUGGGUCUACCGCCUCCUGCGCUCUCCGGUGCCCGUGGCGGGCCAGCGGCGCGUAGAUGUGGAGGUGCUGCCCCACGAGAUGCAGCCGGCACUCACCUUUGCCCUGCCCGACAACUCUCGCUUCUCCAUGGUGGACUUUCCCCUGCACCUGCCCCUGGAGUUGCUGGGUGUGGACGCCUGCCUCAUGGUGCUCAGCUGCAUCCUACUGGAGCACAAGGUGGUCCUCCAGUCGCGGGACUACAAUGCCCUGACCAUGAGUGUCAUGGCGUUUGUAGCCAUGAUCUACCCCCUGGAGUACAUGUUUCCUGUCAUUCCUCUACUGCCCACCUGCAUGGCAUCCGCUGAACAGCUUCUCCUUGCCCCCACCCCUUACAUCAUAGGUGUGCCUGCCAGCUUCUUCCUCUACAAAUCCGAUUUCAAAAUGCCCGACGACAUUUGGCUCGUGGACCUGGACUGUAACAAGGUCAAAGCACCCACCAAUGCAGAGCACCUACCCCCUCUUCCCGAGCCAGAAUCCACAGAACUCAAGAAACACCUGAAACAGGCCCUGGCCAGCAUGAGUCUCAACACCCAACCCAUUCUGAACCUGGAGAAGUUUCAGGAAGGUCAGGAGUUACCCCUGCUCCCUCCCGGCCAGAACAAGGCGUCGCCCUCCUCCACCGAGUUCAACCCCCUCAUCUACGGCAACGACGUGGACUCUGUGGAUGUGGCCACCAGGGUUGCCAUGGUGCGGUUCUUCAACUCCCCCAACGUGCUCCAGGGUUUCCAGAUGCACACGCGCACGCUGCGCCUUUUUCCCCGGCCUGUGGUGGCAUUCCAGGCCACGUCCUUCCUGGCCUCGCGGCCCCGCCGCUCAGGCUUCGCUGAGAAGCUGUCGCACACCCAGGCCGUGGAGUACUACGGCGAGUGGGCUCUCAACCCCACCAACCUGGCCUUUCAGAGGAUCCACAACAACGUGUAUGACCCAUCUUUGAUCGGAGACAAGGGCAAGUGGUACGCCCACCAGCUGCAGCCAGUGUUCUACCGCGUGUACGACGGCAGCUCCCAGCUGGCCGAGGCCAUGAGCGGACCCCUAGAGGAUGAGGCUAAUGACUCGGACCCCACAGACGACAGCGACAGCGAGGCUGGCUACGAUGACUCCAGCUCUUCCUACUCGUCACUUGGAGACUUGGUGAACGAAAUGAUCAAAUGUGACAUCCAAGGGGACAUGCCAAACCUGGAUCCCCCUACCCACGCUGCACUGGGAGAUGCCAGCGAAGUGGAGUUCCAGGACUUCCAGGAGUUCAAGGGAGGAGAGGGUCCCCUCCCUCAAGAGAAGGCACUGCCCGAGGGGGGCGAUGGAGCUCCUGACCCUCCUGAUGGACAAGCACUCCGCUCGAGCUCCAGCACAACCGCCAGCUCCAGCCCCAGCACAAUCAUUCAGGGAGUCAACAAUGAGCAGCCAGAACCAGUGGAAAUGGAGGCAUUGGCCAGUGUAGCUCUACAGAACCCUGUCCCGGGAUUGGGCGCUCCGCCCUUCUCCAGACCUCCUCCAGACGCCGCCCCGGUGGGACCAGCCAAUAAGAAGGGCGAGUACGACAACCCCUACUUUGAGCCUCAGUAUGGCUUCCCUGCUGAGGAGGACCCUGAGGCAGAAGACCAAGAGGAGACGUACACGCCCCGGUUCAACCAGAACCUCAACGGCAACAAAGCCCAACGCCCCCUGAGGCCCAGCAGUCUAAAGCUGCCCGGCGAGUCGGACGGAGAGGGCGACUCCCGCAACAGUUCUCCAAAUUCCACCAUCUCCAACAACAGCAGCGAUGGCUUUGGGGGCCUCAUGUCCUUUGCUAGUAAUCUGUACAAGAACCACGGCACCAGCUUCAGCCUCUCCAACCUGUCUGUACCCAAUAAGGGGGGGCUGAGGGAGAAGGCCGCUGGGGCUGGGCCCUUUCCCAAUCUCAAAGGAGGCGCCCGCGGUCCCCCCAGGGCCCUCGUUGACCAGAAGUCGUCGGUCAUUAAGCACAGUCCCACGGUCAAGAGAGAGUCCCCCUCUCCCCAGGGUCGUGCCAACAACACCAGUGAGAACCAGCAGUUCCUGAAGGAGGUGGUGCAGAGCGUGUUGGAGGGCCAAGGCGUGGGCUGGCUCAACAUGAAGAAGGUGCGCCGCCUGCUGGAGAACGAGCAGCUACGCGUCUUUGUGCUGAGCAAGCUGAACCGGGCCGUCCAGUCAGAGGAGGAUGUCAGGCAGGAGGUCAUCCGUGAUGUGGAGAUUAGCAGGAAGGUGUACAAGGGCAUGUUAGACAUACUGAAGUGCACCGUUUCUAGUCUGGAACACUCGUACACCAAUGCCGGGCUUGGAGGCAUGGCCAGCGUCUUCGUUUUGCUGGAAAUAGCACGCACCCACUACCAAACCAAAGACCCAGAGAAGCGCAAGCGGAGCCCCAGUGACGCUGCAAGCAGCCCGGGCAGCAAGGGGAGCCCAUCUCCCCGCAUGGAGGGCACCAAGCCCCCGGGGCUCCUCCUGGUUCCCCGUCUCCAACUGUCGCACCCCACCUCGGGGGGCAAAGGCACCCGCCACUUUGACACCCGGAGUCUGAACGAGGAGAAUUUUAUUGCCUCCAUUGGAGCGGAGGGGGCUAAGAAACAGCACCCUGAGCUGACCGACACGGAGGAGAAGAAGUCCCAGAUCAGUGCUGACAGUGGCCUCAGCAUCACCUCCGGAUCCCAGAAGAGUGACACAGAGUCUGUGACCAGCACUGAACCACCAGUCCUUACCAGAAGCACCAGCCAGGACUCAGAGGCCAGCACAGUGAUAAGUAACAGCUCAGGGGAGACGCUGGGAGCUGACAGUGACUUGAGUAGCACCACUGGGGAGGGCUUGGGUGGCAGGCAAGCCCCCCACCUCAACCUCUCCAGGGGAACACUGUCCGACAGCGAGAUUGAGACCAACCCGGCCACCAGCUCAGUGUUUGGUAAGACCCAAAAGAUGAAGCCUGGUGUGAAGGAGGCGAAGGCAAAACUUGUGCCUGUCCUGGCUAAGGGGCCUCCCGCCCAGCCCUUGGAGGACAUCAGCAUGAGGAUUUACCUGUGUGAUGGCCUGCUGGGUAAGGAGCGCUCUACACUGUGGGACCAGGUCCAGUUCUGGGAGGAUGCUUACUUGGAUGCUGUCAUGUUGGAGAGGGAGGGGAUGGGCAUGGACCAGGGACCUCAAGAGAUGAUUGACAGAUACCUGUCACUCGGGGACCACGACCGUAAGCGCCUGGAGGACGAUGAGGACAGGCUGCUAGCUACUCUACUGCAUAAUAUGAUCGCCUACAUGCUAAUGGUUAAGGUGAGCAAGAAUGACAUCAGGAAGAAGGUGAGGCGUCUGAUGGGGAAGUCCCACAUCGGCCUCAGCCACAGCCAGGAGAUCAACGAGUGUCUGGACAAACUGGCUAAUUUGAAUGGCCGCGAGCUGUCCAUCAGACCUAGUGGAAGCCGUCACAUCAAGAAGCAGACCUUCGUGGUGCAUGCUGGGACAGACACCACGGGGGACAUCUUCUUCAUGGAGGUGUGUGACGACUGCAUAGUCCUGCGCAGCAACAUCGGCACAGUGUAUGAGCGCUGGUGGUACGAGAAGCUCAUUAACAUGACCUACUGUCCCAAGACCAAGGUGCUGUGUCUGUGGAGACGCAAUGGCCAGGAAACCCAACUCAACAAGUUCUACACCAAGAAGUGUCGUGAAUUGUAUUACUGCGUGAAGGACAGCAUGGAAAGGGCUGCUGCACGACAGCAGAGCAUUAAACCAGGUCCAGAGCUGGGUGGAGAGUUCCCUGUGCAGGACAUGAAGACGGGCGAGGGAGGAUUGCUGCAAGUCACCCUGGAAGGCAUCAACCUCAAAUUCAUGCACAGCCAGGUUUUCAUAGAGCUGAAUCACAUUAAAAAGUGCAAUACUGUGAAGGGAGUCUUUGUCCUGGAGGAAUUUGUUCCUGAAACUAAAGAAGUGGUGAUCCACAAGUACAAGACACCCAUGGCACACCAGAUCUGUUACUCCGUCCUCUGCCUUUUCUCCUACGUGGCUGCGGUGAAGGGGAAGGAAGCAGAAGGCAAGCCCAAGCUCCUAUCUCCAAGACCUCUGCCCAGCUAGUCUACGACCCAUCCAAUCUAUCCCCCCCCCCCCACACACACACACACACACAAAAAAACUCCUCUGUGCCUCUCACUCUGCAACAAAGUGGAAUCUCGGUCCUACUAU